AACAAAAAUGAGUGAACUUUCCCAAAAAGUUUUACUUAUUUUGGCUCUUUCAUAUUCUAUGCUCCUCUUCCAAUUUUCUCUCUGUCAAGUUUCAGCCAUAACAUGCAUAAAAAAGGAACAAGAAGCCCUCCUUCAACUAAAGAAAAGUUUCAAUGAUCCUUCUCAUGUCUUGGCUUCAUGGAAUGAAUCAACAAAUUGUUGUAAUUGGACGGGAGUGAGUUGCAAUCAAAUUACAAGACAUGUUACUAACAUUCAUCUUCAAGGCAAUCAGGUCAAUUCUUUCGAUGAUAGAGUUUUAUUUAGCAAUUCUAUUCACUCUAGUUUGUUUGAAUUGAAAUACUUAGUUUCGUUGGAUUUAAGUUGGAAUCACUUCAAUUAUUCUCAAAUUCCUGAUUGGUUUGGAAUGUUGAACAACUUGAAGUUUCUUAACCUUGAAAAUUGUUAUCUUUCUGGUCGAAUUCCUUCUUUGCUUGGAAAUUUGUCUAAUCUUGAGUACUUAGAUGUUUCAGACAAUUCUUUGAUGGGCGAAGUUCCAACUACUUCAUUUGGAAGAUUUUUGAAUUUGAAGGAGUGAAUUUCCUCGAUGGCUUCAAACACAAAAGAGGUUGGUUAGUUUGGUGUUGUCUAAUAUGAGUAUUUCAAGUGGAAUACCAAAGUGGUUGAAUGGUCAAAAUCUUACCACUUUGGAUCUUUCACACAACCAAAUUGUGGGGCCAAUUCCUAAUAACAUUGGGUAUCAAAUGCCCAACUUGGAAGACUUGUUUCUUAGCACCAAUUUUAUUAAUGGCUCUUUACCACUUUCUCUCUGCAAGUUGAAGAAUUUGGCCUAUGUGGAUCUUUCAAACAAUCGGCUAUUUGGCAAAGUUGAAGGUUGUUUGUUGACUUCAAAGUUGCAUCUUUUGGAUUUAUCAUUGAAUGAAUUUUCAGGAUCUUUUCCACAUUCUCGUGAAAAUGAUCUUUCCAACGUUGAACAAUUGAAUUUGAGAAGCAACAGUUUUGAGGGAUCUAUGCCCGUUGUUUUGAAGAAUUCCAAGAUUUUGGAAUUUAUAGAUCUUGAAGGAAACAAAUUCUCUGGAAAUAUUCCCACUUGGGUGGGUGAUAAUCUUAAAAAUUUGCAAUUUCUAAGACUUCGAGAUAAUCAAUUGAAUGGUACAAUCCCUUCAAAUUUGUGCAAUCUUAAGAACUUGCAAAUUCUGGAUCUCGCAUAUAAUCAAUUAGAGGGAACUAUACCACAUAAUCUUAGCAAUUUUAAGGUGAUGAUGGGAAAUAGAAGAAAUGAAGUAUCUCUUGUUUGUAAGUACAGAUUUCCUCAAUUAUGUUAUGAUGGUAAAAAGAAAGUCAUACAAGCCAUCAAAUUAAGCAACUUCAAUUACUCCUUGUCACAACUAAUGUUAAUGGUGAAUAUUGACCUCUCCAAAAACCAUUUAGUUGGUAUCAUUCCUAGAGAGAUAACAAUGCUUAAAGGAUUAAUCGGAUUGAAUUUGUCCCACAACAAUCUGACAGGGACAAUUCCAACUGGAAUAGGAGAAGCUAAAUUGUUGGAAUCACUCGAUCUAUCUUUCAAUCAACUUUAUGGAUCGAUUCCUAAGAGCUUAUCAGAACUAAACUCAUUAGGUGUGUUGCGAUUAUCCCAUAACAAUUUCUCCGGACACAUUCCUCAAGAAGGUCAUCUCUCCACAUUCAAUGACGCUUCAAGUUUUGACAACAAUCUCUAUCUUUGUGGAAAUCCAUUACUCGUGGAAUGUGUAGACGAGAAUGCAUCUCAGUCGCCGGAAAUUGAGAAUCAAGAUCAAGAGGAUGAUAAAUGGGAGAAGUGGUUGCUUUACUUAAUGAUAAUGUUUGGAUAUGGGGUAGGGUUUUGGGGAGGUGCAGUAGUUUUGAUAUUGAAGAAGAAUUGGAGAUGUGCUUAUUUCAAGUUCAUAGAUGAGAUUAAAGACAAGAUUAUUCAUGCAGCAAUGAAGUGGAGAUAGAAAUACAAGAAAUUGCAUUUACAAACUAAUUAGGUACAAUAUGUGUAAUAAAAUUUUGUUUUUUUUCCUUUCAAAAUCUGUUAAAAAUUAGAAGUCCAUAGAUUACAUUUUUUUAUUUUAUUUUAAAAGUUAAUGUGAAUCUCUUGAACA